AAAAUAGAAUGCUUAGAUCAUAUGUACAAUGAUCUAAAACUUUUGCAACAAUUAACACGAAGUUAUGAAUUACCGCAAAGUAGUCUGCCUUUCCACGUUUAGUCGCCGAAAUGUCUCAUAGGAAAUUUUCGGCCCCUCGCCACGGAUCGAAGGCGUUCCUCCCGAAGAAGCGCUCUAGGCGCCAUAGGGGAAAAUGCAAGGCUUUCCCGAAGGACGAGAAAUCUAAGCCCUGUCAUUUGACUGCUUUCAUGGGUUACAAAGCAGGAAUGACCCACAUAGUGAGGGAUGUCGACAGGCCCGGAUCAAAAUCCAACAAGAAAGAGAUCGUAGAGGCUGUAACUAUCAUUGAGACUCCUCCCAUAAUGGUUGUUGGUGUUGUCGGAUACAUUGAAACACCCAGUGGUCUGAGAGCUUUCAAAACCAUCUUUGCCGAGCACCUGAGCGAAGACUGUAGACGUCGAUUCUACAAGAACUGGUAUCGCGCCAAGAAGAAGGCCUUCACCAAGUACUCCAAGAAGUGGCAGGAUGAGGAGGGCAAGAAGGAGAUUGAGAGGGACUUCGCUAAGAUGAAGAAGUACUGCAAAGUCAUCCGUGUCCUAGCACACACACAGAUGAAGCUGUUGAAGAAGCGCCAGAGGAAGGCCCACAUUAUGGAGAUCCAGGUGAAUGGUGGCACAGUCAGCCAGAAGGUGGACUGGGCCCGGGAAUCUCUAGAGAAAGCCAUACCAGUAGAAAAGGUGUUCGCUCAGGACGAGAACAUUGACUGCAUUGGAGUAACACGAGGACGCGGGUUCAAAGGUGUAACAUCCAGGUGGCACACCAAGAAACUGCCCAGGAAGACGCAUAAAGGUCUGCGCAAGGUUGCCUGUAUUGGAGCCUGGCAUCCUAGCCGAGUCCAGUUCACUGUUGCCCGUGCUGGUCAGAAGGGAUACCAUCAUCGUACCGAGAUCAACAAGAAAAUUUACCGCAUUGGUAAAGGUAUCCACACCAAGGAGGGCAAGGUAGUGAAGAACAAUGCCGCAACAGAGUAUGACCCUGCUGAGAAGAGCAUUACCCCAAUGGGAGGCUUCCCUCACUAUGGAGAAGUCAAUCAAGACUUCCUUAUGCUGAAGGGCUGUUGUAUGGGAUCCAGGAAGAGAGUUAUCACCCUUAGAAAGUCCUUGCUGGCUUCAUUCAGGAAGAAGGCUAUGGAGAAGAUCACUCUGAAGUUCAUCGACACCUCCAGCAAGUACGGUCACGGACGUUUCCAGACCUUCGAGGAAAAGAAGAACUUCAUGGGCCCACUGAAGAAGGAUGCUCAGAAAGAAACUGCAGCAUAAAUGUCAAAAAACUGAAAAUAAAUUUGUGGCCCAAAGUUA